AUGAGAUCAGGACCAAUUGAUAUUAUCAUUGGUGCUGAUCAUUAUGGUCUUAUCAUUAAAGGUGUAAUCAUCAAAAGGUCUGAAGGCCUGCCAAUCGCUCAAGAUACCAUCUUCGGGUGGAUAUUACUCGGUCCAGUCACUCAACUCACUUAUCGACAAUCUAUUACUUAUCAUGCUGCUGUCGAGCAGUCAACUCAACAACUUCACGACCUGCUAUCACGUUUCUGGACUCAAGAAGAAAUUCCAGUCACCAAAAUCAAGAAACUCAACCCAGAUGAAGAGGCGUGUGAAGCGCAUUUUCAGCAAACUCAUCGACGAGACAGUUCAGGACGGGACAUAGUCCUACUGCCAGUCAAAUCGUCACCUCAACAACUGGGAAAUUCGUACUUAGCAGCAUACCACUGUCUUAUUCAUCCGAAACGUCGUCUAGACCAUGCCGAUCGUCUGAAAGCACUCUAUCUUGAUUUUCUGAGGGAAUACAAAAAACUCAACCACAUGGUGGAAUCAACUCAAUCAACAACAAGUGAACCAGCCAAUUAUCUCCCUCAUCAUGGAGUAUUACGGGAGAGCAGCAUUACAACUAAGCUGCGAGUAGUUUUCAACGGUUAA